GGGGGGGGAACCACAGCCCCUGCUGGCCCCCCCUCUAGACUCGUCACUGAAUUCACUGCAAUAUUAAUUGCUGUUCCCGGCGAUGGAGGAUGGUGAGAAGGAUUGGAGGAGAAUCAGAGGACAUCAUAAAUCGAAGGACUGAGAAUCUCAUGCAUGCGGAUGAAUACUCGCAAGAAUCACUGCCGAGAAAAUUAAUUGACUGUACGUAUAGGACCACUUCUUAAUUGCACUCUAUGGCAUUUUACCUUUGCGAUUCUGUGGACAAGAGAGAGUGCACGUUGGCCUUUCUCCAAGAUCGGGCCACGCAUCACUUUCUAUCGUCUUUUUAAAGCUAAACCUGCAGACACGAGCAAAAUAAAUUAAAAUCAAAGCAUACGUAUAACUCAACCGAAUAAAGUGGUUAUCUUUAGCGAAGCUCAUGGAGAGAUCCUCAGGAGUGAGAACUGGCAGGUGGUGUAAAGAAGAAGAUGACCUUCUCAAGGACUGUGUUCUCAAGUACGGCGAAGGAAACUGGCACCUUAUUCCUCGGAGAUCAGGCUUGAAGAGAUGCAGAAAGAGCUGUAGGCUGAGGUGGUUAAACAACCUGAAACCGGAUAUCAAGAGAGGAGACUUCUCUGUGGAUGAAAUUGAUAUGAUGAUCAGGCUUCACAGACUCUUGGGUAACAGAUGGUCACUGAUAGCUGGAAGGCUUCCUGGAAGAACACCAAAUGAUGUGAAAAACUACUGGAACACCCAUACACGGGAGAAGGGACGACAUUAUGUUUCAUCUCAGAAGAGAGAGUUGGAAGAAAAAUCAGAGGAAGUAACCAUGAGAAGGCAUAGACAAACAGUAAUAAAACCUCGAGCUUUCAGGUUAUCAUCAAGAGGCUCGUGGUCGUGUAGGUGGAGAAAGAAACCAGCUAAUAACGGCGUUGAAGUUAGCGAAGACACGAGUACAAGCAGCAAUGGCCCAGAUGAACAGAAAAACCAGCAGGAAGAUGAGAAUUCGGUGGAGUACUGGUGGAAAUGGUUGCUUCUUGAUGAUAAUGACAAUAAUAUUGAUGAGAAGGCAGGUCAAGAUCAAAUUGACUCGUCGUUUUCAUCCAUAUCAUCAUCUGUUUCCACGGAGCAAAAUGGCACGUUUGACUCCCUCUGGGAUGAGCAACUUAGUUGGAUUAAUAACUUUCCUCUGCACACCAGCCUCACGGAUUUUCUAGAUUAAUUCUAGUACUUUGCUAUAUACGUUACUUCUAAGUAAACUAAUUUUUCUGAAGGUGAAAAAAAAGGAAAUCGAUUAAAUAACAGAAAUUAUAAAUAUGUACCAACUUAGAAUGUGUAGUAGAUCACUCCCAUCAUCUAAUAAGUGAUUAGGAUUUGGAUCCUAGCAUUUGUGUACUUAGCAAAUUAGUGUAUGCUGCCUUGCGGAGAGAGUAUACUCCUUUUGUGUUAAAAAAUAAAACGAAGAAGAUAAA